UUUCGGGACUGAAAGCCGUGUUGUUUUGCUUGGCUCGUUUACGUGCGGAGCUACACACGCGCACACACACGCACACACACGUACCGCGUGCAGAGAGUGUGUACGGCGCUCCAGCGUUCACACGGCGGGAUUUACGGUGCUGUGGAUCUGUGGAGGAGGACGGGGAGAGGGAGACGCGGGCUCGCCGGAGGAGGCUGCUCUUGGCUGGGUCGCGCUCUGCAGUGGCAGCCGCUCCUUCUGAACGCGGACCGCGGGGCUGAGCGGAGAGAGCAGCGGGCGGAGGGAGCCUGAGAGAAAUCUAUCCAGGGAAAAACCUGUAGGAGAUGGUGUUUGGAGUUUGGCUUCUGGCCACAAGCGAGAGGAACCGAGUGCUGCUGCCCGUUACUCACUGUAUCUUACUCUGCCCUGAGACCCACCGCUCAUCACUCAUGAUUUCUCUAUAGUGCACAGACGGUGCAGCCAUGUUCAGGAACAGCUUGAAGGCGCUUCUGAGCGGAGGCAAAUCCAACCGCAAGAACCGCAACAGCGGCGGUGGCUCAGGAGAUGGCGAGUGUGUGUUUGAGGGAGAUUACGCUGUGCCUCCUCUGCCGGUGACCGAGGGCAUGCAGCACAUUCGCAUCAUGGAGGGGGUGACCCGCUCUCUGCCCUCAUCCCCCCUGCUCUCACACCAGGCCAUCAACAUGAGGCUACAGCCUCUCAAGAGGAUACCAGGGGAAGAAACUCGGGAGCUGGGUCCUCCACCCUCAGUGGACGAGGCAGCUAACACCCUGAUGACGCGGCUGGGCUUCCUGCUCGGGGACAAAGUGACUGAGGGACCCGACAGAGUCCCGUACGGCAUGGAGGAACAGGACGAUAUUCAGGCCAUCUCCAUGACCCAGAGGAUCAGCCCAUGCUCCAGCCUGGCCAGCAGUUCAGCGUCGCCCCCUCCUGGCAGCCCCUGCUCCACCCUACCCCCUGGAGCUCCGGGCAGCAUGGGGGCUUAUGGCUCCAUCACCAGCCCCACAUCCACACUGGAGAGCAGAGACAGCGGCAUCAUCGCUACUCUCACCAGUUACUCGGAGAACGCGGAUCGGGGAGGGAAACACGGCGAGAGUUCGCGAGGCAGCCUCAAACUGUGGCAGACUCAGAAAACAGCGGGAACCGACUCCUUCCUCUACAGAGUGGACGAAAACAUGGCCGCCUCCACCUACAGCCUCAACAAGAUCCCAGAGAGGAGCCUGGAACACUCCGCCUCCCACUCCGCCCACUCCAUCCCCCUCUACCUCAUGCCCCGCCCCAAUUCUGUGGCUGCCACCAGUUCUGCUCACCUGGAGGAUCUGGCGUAUCUGGAUGAACAGAGACAGGCCCCGCUGCGGACCUCACUGCGAAUGCCCCGCCAGAACUCGGGGGCGGGACGUGUUGGGCAGGACCUGAGAGUGCGCUUCGCCCCGUACCGUCCGCCGGACAUUGCCCUGAAGCCCCUGCUGUUUGAGGUGCCCAGCCUGACGAGCGAGACCGUAUUCACAGGGCGUGAAUGGCUCUUUCAGGAGGUGGACCUCCAUCUCCGGGGCAGCGACCCGACCAACCGCGGCGUCAUCAUCGCGGGCAACGUGGGUUUCGGCAAGACGGCCAUCAUCUCCCGCCUGGUGGCGCUCAGCUGCCAUGGCAACCGCAUUAGGCAGAUCGCCUCGGACAGCCCGCAUUCUUCACCAAAACAUUCUGACACUCUCCCACACACUCAGCCACAGUCAGCUCACGGUACGCUGAUGGGGGGCAGCAGUUGCCCCGGCACUCCGGAGAUGAGGAGACGUCAGGAGGAGGUGAUCAGGAGACUGGCCUCUCAAGUGGUGGCGUAUCAUUACUGUCAGGCAGAUAACGCAUACACAUGCCUCGUGCCGGAGUUUGUACACAACAUCGCGGCUCUGCUGUGCCGAGCUCCUCAGAUGCAGGCCUACCGAGAACUGCUGCUACGACAGCCCCACCUGCAGAGCCUGCUCAGCCUGCGCUCCUGCGUCCAGGAGCCAAUGACGGCCUUCCGCAGAGGACUGCUGGAGCCUCUUCACCUACUACACCGAGAGAGGAAGGUGGCGUGUGAUGAGGAUCUGAUCAUUUUGAUUGAUGGACUGAAUGAGGCAGAGUUCCAUAAGCCGGAUUACGGGGACACCAUUGUCUCGUUUCUGUGUAAAACUAUGGAGCGAUUCCCUCCCUGGCUCAAGCUGGUGGUGACGGUCAGGACGUCUCUACAGGAUGUGACACGUCCGUUGCCGUUCCACCGGAUCUCUCUGGACCGCCUGGAUGAAAGUGACGCCAUCGACUCGGACCUGCAGGGCUACAUCCUGCACCGGCUGCACUCCAGCCAGGAGAUCCAGAACAACGUGGCUCUGAACGGGAAGCUGGACAACGCCGCCUUUGGAAAGCUCAGCGCCCACCUGAAGGGCCUGAGCCGUGGCUCCUACCUCUACCUGAAGCUCACACUGGACCUCAUCGAGAAGGGCUACCUGGUGCUCAAGAGCUCCAGCUAUAAGGUGGUGCCGGUGAGCCUGGCGGAGGUGUACCUGCUGCAGCUGAACAUGCGCUUCCCUACGCAGUCGUCGUUCGAGCGGGCGCUGCCUCUGCUGAACGUGGCCGUGGCCUCGCUCCACCCACUGACGGACGAGCAGGCGUACGAGGCGGUGAACGCCGGGGCCGUGUGGGGCCCUGCGCUCGAUUGGGAAGACUUCCAGCAGCGCGCAGACCACCUCUCUCCAUUCCUGGUGAAGAGACGGGAUGGAACCCGCAUGUUCGUGCAUCCGUCCUUCAGGGAGUGGCUGAUCUGGAGGGAGGACGGAGAGAAAACCAAGUUCCUCUGUGACCCCAGGAGUGGCCACACACUGCUGGCCUUCUGGUUCUCGCGGCAGGAGGGCAAGCUGAACCGGCAGCAGACCAUCGAGCUGGGCCACCACAUCCUCAAAGCACACAUCUUCAAGGGCUUGAGUAAGAAGGUUGGGGUUUCCUCGUCGGUGCUGCAGGGGCUGUGGGUGUCCUACAGUACGGAGGGCCUGUCUGCUGCUCUCGCUUCUCUGCGUAACCUCUACACUCCCAACAUCAAGGUCUCUCGUCUGUUGAUUUUGGGAGGAGCUAAUGUGAACUAUCGUACAGAGGUCCUGAAUAACGCUCCGGUGCUGUGUGUGCACGCGCACCUGGGUUACCUGGAGAUGGUGGCCCUGCUGCUGGAGUUCGGUGCUGACGUCAACGGCCCCUCAGAAAGCGGUCUCACUCCGCUGGGCUACGCUGCUGCUGCCGGCCAUCUGCCCAUCGUCACCGCCCUCUGCGCCAAGAAAGCCAAGGUUGACCAUCUGGACCGGAACGGGCAGUGUGCUCUGGUUCACGCGGCUCUGCGGGGCCACCUAGAGGUGGUGAAGUAUCUGGUGCAGUGUGACUGGAGCUCCGAGGAGGAGGAGCCCUCGGCUUUCUGCAAGAGCCAUGCAGUGCAGCAGGCCCUGAUAGCAGCAGCUAGCAUGGGCUAUACUGAGAUUGCGUCUUAUCUACUGGACCUCCCAGAAAAAGAUGAGGAAGAAGAAGAGCGUGCACAGAUCAACAACUUCGACACACUCUGGGGGGAAACAGCUCUGACAGCAGCAGCUGGUCGGGGGAAGCUGGAAGUGUGCAGGUUGUUGUUGGAGCAGGGAGCUGCUGAAUCUCAGCCAAACCGCCGUGGUAUUGUGCCUCUCUUUAGCGCCGUCCGCCAGGGGCACUGGCAGAUUGUAGAGCUGCUGCAGAAUCACGGGGCAGAUGUGAACAUGGCAGAUAAACAGGGCCGGACUCCUCUCAUGGUGGCCGCCUCCGAGGGUCAUCUGGCCACAGCUGAGUUCCUGCUGGCACAGGGUGCUUCACUGGCUCUGAUGGAUAAAGAAGGUCUCACGGCUCUCAGCUGGGCGUGUCUGAAAGGGCACCUCCCGCUGGUACGUGCGCUGGUAGAGAGAGGAGCAGCAACGGCUCACGCGGACAAGAGCGGACGCACCCCUCUGGACCUCGCUGCCUUUUACGGAGACUCCGAAGUGGUGCAGUUUCUGGUGGAUCAUGGUGCUAUGAUUGAGCAUGUGGACUAUAGCGGCAUGCGGCCUCUGGAUCGAGCUGUGGGCUGCAGAAACACGUCGGUAGUGGUGGCGCUGCUGAAGAAGGGGGCCAAGAUAGGAUGUCAGACCCUCCCCAGCAGGGCUCGAGGUCCAGCGACGUGGGCAAUGGCCACCUCCAAGCCGGACAUCAUGAUCGUCCUCUUGAGCAAGCUGAUCGAGGAAGGAGACGGGUUCUACAAGAAGGGGAAGGUGAAGGAGGCGGCUCAGAGGUAUCAGUACGCUCUGAAGAAGUUUCCGCGGGAGGGCUUUACUGAGGACCUUAAAACCUUCAGAGAGCUCAAAGUCUCCCUGCUGCUCAACCUGUCUCGCUGCCGCCGGAAAAUGAACGACUUUGGCAUGGCGGAGGAGUUUGCCUCCAGGGCUCUAGAGUUGAAACCCAAAUCCUAUGAGGCCUAUUACGCACGAGCCCGCGCCAAGCGCAGCAGCAGGCAAUUCCACGCAGCCCUGGAGGACCUGAGUGAAGCCAUUCGCCUCUGCCCCAACAACCGCGAGAUCCAGCGCCUGCUGCAACGCGUGGAGGAAGAGUGUCGCCAGGUCGCUGAGCAACAGGAGCUGGAUCCACCCCCUUCUCCUCCACCUCCCCACGAACGAGAACCUCCCAUGGCCCCGCCUCCCCCGCUGGAGCCCCGCCUCUCAGACAUGGAGCCCGUGCAGGACUUGUUCGAGGAGGACGAGGAUUACCUAGAGCGGGAUUUGGACGGUCUGCCACUAGGUGUAACAGCUGAGCCUCGUUCCAGUCCCUCAGGCUUAACUGUAAUUCAGAACAUCAUGCCUCCGUCCCCCAGCCACCGGGACUCCCCCUACCUCUCUGGACCACCCUCAAUGGGCCAGGCCUUCGAACUCCGCCCCACUCCCCCCUCUAUGUCCUCCCCAACCCGCCAGGGCUAUCAGUCCACCUCUCCUUCCCUCUCUCCCACCCACCAAAGCUCUCAUUAUCGCCCAAGCCCACCUCAUACAUCCCCAGCGCAUCAAGCCUCAUCCUCCUCCUCCUCUUCCUCCUACCACUUCAGUCCUCCUCCAUCCCCUCUACGCCGUGGAGGGCCACAAUACCGCUCCAGCCCCACCUCCACGGCAGAAAGCAUGGGUCUGUACCGGCCCCAGUCAGCGUCUGCCGUCUGUUCAGGUCGAUACCAGCAGGAACAGCAGCUUUCUGGACGUCCUAAAUCUCCUCUUUCCAAAAUAAGCAGCCAGCGCUCCUUCCAGACCUCCCAUGUUCCACCUCAACAGCAGCAGCAGCAGCAGGGUCAGUGGCUGCAGCCAGCCAAGGCUCAGAUUGUCCGCACCAAUCAGCCAAGUGCUUCAGUUCACUCUAGUGCCGUGCUAGGCAGCAGCGCUUACAGUCAAAUGGCUCAUUCCAUGAGUGCCCGCUGUCCUGGAGACAUGGAUGAGCUUGGGGAGGUCAGUGGUUACCCUGCUCCUCUGCAGAGUGCGCUGUAUCCACGGGUGCUCAGCAUGGAUCCUGGUGCGAUGGAAGAGGAGCUUCUUCAAAGGCCUUCAUCUGCCUACAGGCCCAGUGCUCCGGGCCUGCGCUACGCUCAGACCCCUCAGAUCAGUCGCAGCCAGUCUGCCGCCUAUUACCCAAUUUCUCCCCAUGAACUUGAGAGGCAGGCCCAGCUGGGGUCACCCGAGAACCCUCACGGCCUGAGACGUCCGGUUAGUGCCACCAGUGGUGAACCGAAACCACAUCUACCCACUCCACGCCCUCUGAUGCACUCGCAAAGUGUUGGCCUGCGCUUUUCGUCCUCUAGCAGCAGUCUGGGCCUGGCCGUGGGAUCUGCUGCUAACCUAGGCCCAGGCUUCAGGCCCUCAGCAUCAGCACAGCAGAUGGAGAUCCCACUGAAGAUGGCCUACGAGGGGGGAUACUGCGACGCUCCAUCACCUGUUUCCCCGCCCAGUAUGGUAGGGGGAGGCACAUACCCUGGUGAAAGUGUGCGAUCGCGGUCUACGCCCUUUAUGGGCAUCAUUGACAAGACGGCACGCACACAGCAGUAUCAGCAGCCACCUUCAUCGCUGGCCCCUUCUUCUUCUUCCUCUCGGGCUUGGGCCAUCUCGUCCUUGGACACAGUGGUCAGCAGUCCAGCCACGUCGCCCGGCAACACAGGCUACGGGCAGCAAGGCUCAGCUCUUGGUCAUAUUGCCUACUACAACCGCACCAACAACGCCCACAAUGGACACCUUGCUGAGGAUGACUACUACAUGGCUCGGGAAAGGUCCGACAACAUGGGACGCGUCAGCCAGGCGCCCACCUACCCUGACGUUAAGAUGGCUCGGACGCUGCCGGUGGCCCAGGCCUACCAGGACAGCGAAUACAGGCAGGUGGGGAGCCGUGGCGAACGGCAAGGUCCGACCUCCCCAAUCAAACCAAAGAGGCCCUUCGUCGAGUCGAACGUGUGAGGCGAGUGAGGCGCUAGGAACAUUAUUAUUAUUAUUAUCAUUAUUAUAGAGCUGGAUUAUAUU